CGGUACGGCCAUUACCCUUUUUCCCUUUCUCACAAAGCCGAAAGAAUUGCAGGACAAUAAGAAGACGAAGAAGAUUGAAGGAAGGAAGUGGGAGAGGAUAUCAUACAACUUUAUAUCCCUUGAUAGCGUCUGACAAUUCCUUCCUGGAUAUGGCUGAGAACAAAGGGGUUGUGCCUCCACCCCACGAUUUGAAUGCCAAGUGGGAUGCUUGUCUUGAUUUGACUCUGCGUCGAUUCGUUUACUCUUCCUUCGCUGGUGCAUUUGGUGGCCUCCUUUUCUUCAGGAGUCCGGUGACUCGUUGGGCAUCUAUUGCUUUUGGUGCUGGAUUGGGCAUUGGGUCAGCAUACACAGAUUGCAAUUCUUUAUUUCAAGGUUCCACCGCCAAAUUCACGUCUCCAAAAAUCACUGAGGCUCAACCUUCACAGGUGUCCUGAUGGUCCUUGUUAAGGAAUGUUAGUACGGAAAUAUUGAGAAUAUUAUUUGGAGUUAUGUUCGAGUUGAGGAUUAUAAAUAGGAGUUCAGGCUUUGGGAGGGAACUGGAGUUCUGGGAAUGCUGUCGUGUGAGAGAGGCAUGCUGUUUUGUGAGAGAUAGCCCUCCCAAAAGGUUAUGGUAUCCGAUCUGUUUUUCUUUUAUCAUAAUUAUAAUGUGUCUUAUUUCUUAUUUUUGACAAUAGGAAAAAUAUGGGUUGGAGAUUUGGGACCUAUGAAGCAAAAUAAAGGAACCUUAAAUUGAGUGGGCAUCUUUAAUGUAUUUGUAUUUUUCUUAGUUUGGGAUGGUUUCUAGACACGGGGAAACUUGUCGAAGUAAGGAAAAGAACCAAACCUAGCCCACUUAAUUAUAACCGUAAUGAUAAAAAUUAAAAUUAAAAUAAAUAAACCCAACUAUGGAAAAGAAUCUAAAACGUCAAGUUGCUUGUCCUCGUUGUGCAAGCACAUUUCUAAUAUUUGCUUCACAGGAAUAGCUAGUCUUUUAGCUGCUACCUUUUUAUUAUUGUUGUUGUUGUUGUUGUUGAUAUUUAUUUAUUUUAACAUGUAGUUUGGUUUCUUGUUAUGUAGAAAUUGAUGUCCGUAUAUUCAUUCCGUUCACAUUUUUUUGUUCAUAUAUUUGUAACUGAAGGAGAAUCCAUUUGCCGUUUCCUGAAGUUUCUAAAGCAGAUAUGAUUUGUCGGCAUUUUUAUUUUUUAAUAUCUGGUUGGCAUUUGGUUUUAUCCAGGAGGGUCAAGAUUAAGGACAAAUCAUGUGAGAAGCAAGCCGUCUUGAGAUUGAAUGGAUGUGAAACCGUAAUUUUACUUGAGAUUGUUGAAGCUUACGUUUCCCAUGUUUGGUUUCCAUUGUGUAAUACAAACUUUUUUGCUUGUUGACAUUAUAUUUCACCUCCAUGCACGCUGCAGAUUUUUGUAAGCAUCUGUAACUUUUCCCUGUUGCUCAUAGAGUUUCCCGAGCUGGAGAGGAAAAAAGAAAUCAAUAAGUACUCUUCUUGCCACCCUCACUUUGUUUAUCUAAUUCAUGCUUUGACAACCAUCUUUUGUAUCAUACUCUUUGCAGUUUGAUGGCUUAUGUAGUGGGGAAACUUGAUACAA